CCCCUCUCAGUUCGCCAAGAGGAUAUACACGUCGGGUUUACACAAUCUCUUGUCGUGACGCGUUAAUACUGACGAGGGUAACUCUUUCGAAUGAGUUUUUUACCGUACACCAUUCUCUGUUUCGUUCGCACACUAACAAAACAAUCUUCCACUCACUUCUCUAUAAAAAGUCAGAUUCCUUUCAUAAGCUCGCGAAAUUUUGAAACAAGUUGUAGGUUAUCCGGCAUCGAGAAGUGGGGCACUGCAAAAAAGCAUAGAAAAGUUAAAUUACACCUUGCAUUGGACACGAUGGAUCCUAAAACCGAAGAAAUUCUUGCUCCUUUGCGAGCAAGCGUCAAAGAGCAGGGAGAUUUUGUGCGCAAGCUCAAAAUUGACGGAGCCCCAGAACUGGACAUUAAGAAAGCGGUGGCUGAGUUGAAAUUACGAAAGAAGAUACUGGAGGACAAGGAAUUAUCAUUUAUUCCAGAUUCUGCGACUUUUGAUAGGUCCAGAAUGGAGGAUCUUUUAAAACGUCGUUUCUUCUACGAUCAAUCGUUUGCGAUAUAUGGUGGAAUAACAGGACAGUAUGAUUUUGGUCCGAUGGGAUGUGCAUUGAAGGCGAACAUAUUGGAAGCUUGGAGAAAAUUUUUCAUUCUGGAAGAACAGAUGCUCGAGGUGGAUUGUUCUAUAUUGACGCCUGAACCGGUGCUCAAAGCUUCGGGUCAUGUAGAUAGAUUUGCUGAUUUGAUGGUGAAGGAUACAAAGACCGGCGAGUGUUUUAGGCUUGAUCAUCUCAUAAAAGCGCAUUUGGAGAAGCUAGCAGCGGAUCAAAAAACAGAUGAUGCAAAGCGGGAAGAGUGUCGCGAUAUUAUCGUGAAAUUGGACGGUAUGACGAAGAACGAAAUGGCUGCAGUAUUGAAAAAGUUUGGCAUGAAAUCGCCAUUGUCCGGUAACGAUUUGACAGAGCCAAUUGAAUUUAAUUUGAUGUUUGGAACUCAAAUCGGUCCCACCGGCCUUAUAAAAGGUUUUCUCAGGCCAGAAACGGCACAAGGAAUAUUUGUAAAUUUCAAGCGUUUGUUAGAGUUCAAUCAAGAAAAGUUGCCUUUUGCAGCGGCUCAGAUUGGAAAUGCGUUCAGAAAUGAAAUUUCACCUCGUUCAGGGCUGAUCAGAGUCCGUGAGUUCACAAUGGCAGAAAUAGAGCAUUUUUGUGACCCUAAGGACAAGUCGCAUCCAAAAUUCGCUGACGUUAAUGAGACAAAGUUAUUGAUGUAUUCGGCCUGUAAUCAGAUGGAUGGUAAAAGUGCUGAAUGUUUGAAGAUUGGUGAUGCGGUAGCAACCGGUCUCGUUGCUAAUGAAACCUUGGGCUAUUUCAUGGCAAGGAUACAACAAUUUUUACUCAAAGUCGGAGUCGAUCCGACUAAAUUACGUUUCCGACAACACAUGAGCAACGAAAUGGCACAUUAUGCUUGCGACUGUUGGGACGCCGAAUGUUUAACGUCUUACGGUUGGAUCGAGUGUGUAGGUUGUGCGGAUAGAUCGGCUUACGAUUUGACUCAACAUACUAAAGCGACGGGCGUUCGAUUGGCCGCUGAGAAGCGCUUGAUCGAACCAAAAGUCGUCGAUGUCGUCGAGGCUGCUCCUAAUCGCAGUGUUAUUGGAAAAUCCUUCAGAAAAGAAGCCAAAUUCGUUCUCGAAGCUUUAAGCGCUCUUGACGAAAAUGCUGUUGAUACUCUAGAGAAAUCGUUGGAAGCCGCUGAUGUAUAUCAGCUCACACUGGCCGACGGAAAUACCGUGAAAAUUACGAAGGACAUGGUCGCAGUUAAGCGCUAUCAGAAAACUAUGCACGUUGAAGAAAUCAUCCCUUCUGUUAUCGAACCCUCUUUCGGUAUAGGACGCAUCAUGUACGCCAUUUUCGAACACAACUUCAAGAAACGCGACGGUGAUGAAAUGAGAACUUUUUUGAGUUUACCACCUGUCGUCGCGCCUCUAAAAUGUUCCGUUUUGCCGUUGAGCGGCAACAUCGAAUUUGUUCCUUUCGUUAAAAAAUUGUCUCAAGAUCUAACGAGGGUCGACGUUUCGCACAAAGUCGAUGAUUCAUCAGGAAGUAUCGGUCGUAGAUACGCUCGAACAGACGAAAUUGCUAUUCCAUUUGGAAUAACGAUUGAUUUUGACACGUUGAAAAAGAAGCCGCAUAGUGCUACUCUCAGGGAGAGAGACAGCAUGGAACAAGUACGAAUAAAUCUCGACGAACUUCCGAGUGUUGUCAGAGAUUUGUCGUUUGGGAAAGUUGCUUGGGCUGAAGUGGAGGCGAAGUAUCCGAAAUUCGAACAACAAGAAUCGGCUGAGGCCUGAUACAAUGAUAACGUAUGAAUUAUAGGCAUAUUUAUUUUGAUAAAAGGGAAACAUUAAUCGAGCCUCUUCUUCGGGUUUUUUUCUUCGUGCUUUUCUUCGUGUAAAAUAACAUUUGUCAAAAUAACAUGAAGAUAAAAUAACAUUCGUCAAAAUAACACACGACAAAAUAAUGCAAAUAAUACAAAAAAAAAUACAUUUUAAAAGAUUACGUGCGAUAUGGGCUGUAUAGCAAAUUGUUUGCUUUUAUGAUGUCUCUUAACACUUUCCUAAUGUGUUUACCAUCUGAAUUUCAAAACAAAGCAUAGCUUUCAAAUCACCUAUUUCAUUCUCACAUAUACUUCUAUGUAUAAAUGUAUACAUAUCAACAAUACUUGUUGUGCUCUGAACCCACCCAACGAUCCCACGCACACAACGAUGCUGCUCCGAAUCCACCCAACGAGGUUAUUUUGUUGUAUGGUAUUUUGUUGCGUGUUAUAUUGUCUGGUUAUUUUGUCGCAGUGUUAUUUUAACAUAUAACCAUUUAUCUUUAUGUGACAAUAAAAUUUUUCACGAAUGCUUUUAAUAAAUGUAGGUUUAGAUCGAGGUUGGUCAAUUGACAUGCUCAACCAUGGUUUAUCCAAAUACGAUAUGCAAACUUGUAAAUUCUUCAAAUAAGUUAAAAAUUUUUAGUUGAAAUACUUGAACUAACUGGAGUUGAAAAUUUUGUCAAUUUUCCUUAUUUCCUUAUUUUUGAUUUUUUUGAAAUUGGGAUAUAUGUUCGAUGAACCUGAUCAAUACCGUUUCAUGAGUAUCUAUUGUAUUUUUAAAAAUGUUGAGUUAUGAUUUGUUUUUUAUAAACGAAAAAUUUGCUCACAAAUUCCAUCCGAUCAGAUUCUCGUGCAUAUUACGAAAGUACGUUCUUUUGUUCUUAUUGUUUUUUUUAUUUUAGUCCCCCACUGAUUCAGUGAUUUUGCUUCAUUCUGGACACGUAUGUCAGUUUUUCAUUCUUCAGUUGGCUCCCGCUUACAACAUCUGAAUUUGUGAAUUUAUGAAAAGAGUAUCAGCUAAAGCAUAUACUUUACUUAUAUCGAAAUUGUUUUUUUUGCAGUGACUUACUCGUGACCGUUACUGAAUGGUUGUCUGAAUAAAUGUUUCCAACUGUUGAUUCAAUGGCCACGUUAUAGUUACGUUACGAAAUCGAAAAAGCCAUUCGUAUAUCUACAGAGGCAAAUGUAGAAAAUCUUUUGAUCGCUUUUUGAGUUGAACUCGAUAUGACUGACUGAGUACCUUUCAGCCCUGUGUGAGAAUUUGAAUAUUCUCUUUUCGAAACUGCAUUCUUCAAAUCGGAUAGAAAUAUCAAUCUUACAAAAUUUUUGCGAACGCUUGAAAAUUAUUUUUUUUUUUCUUUCAAAUGGGCUUAAAGAUUUUCAGUAUUAUGCAUUGUGAAAAACCUUUUCUAUUAUGAAAAAUUUGUAGUUGAAAAUUUAUACUCCGCUCGAUAAGUUGAACACGUGUCAUUUAACAAUAAAAUAUAUUUCGAAA